AUGAGCACCAAGAAGACUAGCAGUAGUAGCAGUAGCAAGCUGUUACCGGCAGUAUUAGCCAUUUGUUCGGUUCUCGUGGUAGUCGUGGCGUGGUCCCUUCCCCAAAUGAUUCCUCCUCUCUUUGACUUGCAUCCCCCACGGGCACAUCCCAGCAAGACCAUGGCGGCCAUGGUGUAUCAAACGCACGGCGAUCCGUCCGUGCUCGAGUACGACACACAGCAUCCUCAACCAAUCCCAAAGGCGCAUCAAUACUUGAUCCAAGUCCAUGCAUCCGCCUUGAAUCCCUGUGAUUUCAAGCAACGACGCAACCCUCACAUUCCCAAUUUUGUCAGUCCCGUGCCUCGUAUUCCGGGCGCCGACAUGGCCGGAGUCGUCGUGCAAACACCCCAGUCAAGCAAUUCAAAAUUCCUCGUGGGCGACCGAGUGGCCGCAUUGAUUCCCUAUUGGGGCACCCCCUGGGGAACCAUGGCCGACUAUGUGGCCGUCGACGAGGCGCACUUGGCGAAACUGGGACCUUCCCUGAACUACACCGAGGCGGCGUCCUAUGCCUUGACGGGGUUGACGGUGUUACAAAGUUUUGCCAAUUUAGAACACGAUGAUAGUUUGCAGGGAAAGAAACUGCUCGUGCAUGCCGGAGCCGGAGGUGUGGGCAGUUUUGCCAUUCAAUGGGCCAAACACAUUCUACAAAGUGCGCAUGUGGCCACCACGGCCAGUGCUCCCAAGGCGGAAUUUUUGAAAGAGUUGGGAGCCGACCAAGUCAUUGAUUAUCGAACCGAAAAGUUUGAAGAAAUUCUACUGGACUACGAUGUGGUGUUGGAUCCCAUGAGUUGGUUGUACGAAGACCGGAGUCUGCAAGUGCUCACCAGUGGAGGACACUAUGUAAAUGUCGUGGGGUCCGAUUGGGCAUUUGACGAUGGCAUCGAACGAGGCAAUGGACCGACCACCUUGAUCAAUUUCAUCACUUCCAAAGUCCGCAAUUUCAUUCAGCCAAACUCGACGCCCAAAUACGGAUUUGUGGGCGUGUCACCGAAUGGAGCUCAGAUGCAGCAAAUUCUCGACGCCAUGGAGAGUGGCAAGAUUCGGCCCGUCAUUGAUCGAACCUAUCAUUUGUCGGAGGCCGCCGAAGCGUACCGGUACUUGGAGGAAGGCCGUGCCAAGGGAAAAGUGGUCUUGUACCAUGGGGAAAUGGUAAAGCAGCAGCAGUCGAACGCAGCAGAAGACGACACGGGCGGCGAAGAGAAAGUCAGCCACGAGGAAGUCGUUGCAGCUGACGAGGGAGCUGAAGAAUCCCACGAAGAAAAGCCACAGUCAGCGACCGCAGAGCACGCAGAAGUUCAAGCCGAAUAA